CCGCUGCACUGGCCUCUUUAUGUGUCACCUUUUGUUCAAAUGUUUACCAUUAACUCUUGUCUUUUCAAAAGAUUUUAUUUCUCAUUCACCCAUUUAAGACUCGAGGAUUUGUAACGUACAUUUAUUUACCUACUGUAAAGGUAUAUGCAUGUGUUUGCAUGUACUUACUCGUGAAAACAAAAUUACAGUGACGUGUAAGGAUAAAUAAUUAAAUGACGGAAGAACGCAGUCAGGCUCAGACUGAAAAAGUAGACGGAUGCUACGACAAUGUCGCUUUCCACACGUCACCGGAUGACGUCAAAGUAGCUGUCACAACCACUUCCGCCGGCGUCACCGACAAUCAGAUUCCUGCAAAGUCAGAAACUACACCAGUAUUUAUUGACAAACGGUUUGGGUAUGGAUCUUGCAAACCAAAAUGUUUACAAUUCUUCAACAAGCUACCGUUUCUCGUGCUUUGGUUGACAUUGUUUUGUUUCCUCGAAGGUUUCGCAAUAAACGGUAUUGCAAAUGCGGGUAUCCCGGGGAUAGAGCGCCAGUUUCAGCUGACGAGUUCAAAGUCUUCGAUCAUUCCUGCAUCACAAGAUAUAGGCGCUCUAAUCAUCAUCAUGUUUGUCAGUUAUAUUGGUGGUCGUUACAACAAGAUACGCUGGAUUGCCGGCGGAUCCGUCAUCAUGGCUGUCGGCUCCUUCAUCUUUAUUAUACCCCAUCUUGCAGUCAAGUAUAAUUACGGAUCCGAAGCUUCUUCCGGACCAACGGACACGUGUGGCGGUGCAGGACCGGGAGGCCCGCCCCCUUGUGAGAGUGAUAAAGAAAGUUGGGUAGGCGUGUUCGCUCUGGCUCAGGUAGUUCAUGGUAUCGGGUUUACACCUAUGUUCACGCUCGGAACUGUUUACCUAGAUGAAAAUGCAAGUCAAGGAACCGCUGCCAUGUGUGUCGGUAUAUGUUAUGCAGCGACGGCUAUAGGUGUAGCAUGUGGAUUUCUUGCUGGUGGACAAUUUAUGCAGAAUUGGUUUGUGGACUUCGACAGAGUGGACCAAAAUUCACUCGGCUUUGAUGCGAUGGACACCCGCUGGGUUGGGGCUUGGUGGUUGGGAUUCGUGUUCACUACCAUAUUGUUUGUUGUAGUUGCCAUACCGAUGUUUGGAUACCCAAAAUAUAUGCCAAACAAUAGUAAAGCUGAAGAAGCCGAGGCGGCGUUACAGAAAGAUAAAGAUGUCAGCUUCGGAGAGAUGGCCAAAACUAUAACCAUCUCUUUCUUUAAGGCUUGCUUUAAACUGUUGAAGAAUCCAACAUAUGUGUUUAUUUCUCUUGGUGGUUGUGCAGAAUCUCUCAUCAUAUUUGGCGUGAGCGCUUUUGCUUUCAAGUACCUUGCUGAAAUGUUUAAUAUGGGAUUUGACUCAGCGGGAAUACUUUUAGGUGGAUUAAUAUUGGUCGGUUCGAUUGGUAUGUUCCUGGGUGGACUUCUCAUACGAAUAUUUCAUCUAGAAAUCGUCGGAAUGUUACGAUUAAAUGUUAUAGCAACACUGAUAGCUUGUUUACUUGGCAUAUCGUACCUGGCCGCUUGUCCGGAAACACAGCUUGCCGGGCUUGAGGUCUCCUAUCCGAAUGAAAGUAUGUUAGACGGGUACACAGCUGGAUGCAACACACAAUGUUCUUGUGAAAAGAUGUUAUUUAAUCCAGUCUGUGGAGAUGACAGGAUAGUGUAUUACUCCGCGUGCCACGCCGGAUGCUCUGGGACACCUGCUGCACCAUUUGAACCAUACACAAACUGCAGUUGUGUGGCCCAGAGUUUAGGAAGCGCUGUAACCAUGGACACGAAAGCGUCGCCAGGGAGAUGUGAUGAUGGUUGUACAAAAGUGAACAUCCUGGCCCCUUGUCUGUUUAUUAUGAUGAUCUCGGUGUUAACAGCCACGACGCCAUCAUCCAUGGCUACACUGAGAUGCGUUGAUGAAGAAAUUCGGCCAUUGGCUCUUGGUAUUGGAUGGAUGCUCCUGCGUCUUCUUGGUUCGAUCCCCGGGCCAGUACUUAUCGGCUCAGUGAUAGACGCCGCUUGCAAAAUGUGGUCGGGAGGUCUAUGCGGAUCAUCAGGCGUGUGUUUACUGUAUAGUAAAGACAAACUAUCAGUGGGUGUUUUGAUGUGGUGGGUUGUCGUGUCGGGGGUAGCCUGUAUUCUGUUUUUUAUUUCUUCUAUUUGCGCGCAAAAGUUCAUUGUGAAGGGAGAAUCAUACGAUCUUGAGAAUAAACACAAGAAAGGACUGCCAAGUUGAAGCAGACGGCAAACACAUAGUUAUGUUAUAUGAUUAAACAGUUUAGUGUGUGACUGAAAAAAUACGGGUUUUAUAUUCCAUCCAGAAACUGUUAUUCAAUGUAUGCAAUUCCAUUAAAUUUUACAUUAUAACCAUGGUGAUACUUUCAAUCAUUUUUUUUGUCUGCAAACUGUUACUUCCUUGAAACUUAUUAAACGUGACUUCCUACGAACCGAGCUUUAAGAUGAUGACGUCAUUGAGAACGUGCAGACACAAGAGUCUGUAUUAGUUUUUUCAAAACGAACUUUUCUAGAAAUAAUUAAAAUAUUUCCUAUCCAGUAAAGAGUCAGUAGCAAAAGUUCCUUCAGAUGGAGUGAAAUAUAGCAUUGAGACCUUCAGAUGGAGUGCCGUAUAGCACUAAACGUUCAAACGAAGUACUUAGUAUAUCGCAUUGGAUUUUUUUACUUCGUUGGAAAGGCAUUCUCGCAACAUAAUCUGUGUUGAUUUAAGACUGAGUCUAACAUGUCAAUUUCAUUUCAGUUAUAUUAAAGAAAUUUACGAUAUUGUCUAUUUUACCUAAUCUUUAUUCUUAAGAUUAUUCUUUAAUGUUAAUCUAGACUUAAAAUCACUCUCAAAUUCUAAAAUGUUUUACAGAGUUUCAAAAACUUCUGGUGAUAAGAAAUCACGAUCACAAUCUCCCUCGCAGUGAUCUCCCCUUACAGAAUUACCGGCAACCGGUGCGCGGAGUUUGUCACGACCAGUGUUCAAUGUUCUCACCUUGGUAUACUUGCAGAUUUUACUAUUGAUUUAUAUCUUUAUAUGUUACUCAUGAAAAUGUACUUGUUGAACUAGAAUAAUAUUCAUAUAUUGUACUUGUAUAUUUGUAUAACUAUA